AUGGCGACCUCGGAAGACUCUACUAUGACUAUGAAAAGUAUCUACCCUCAAGUCCCUUUACAACUUGGGCAACAUUCGUUACGACUUUUGGAACUAUAUCCAGGAACAAUCGAAACACCCUUACGGGGCGAGCUACGUCUUCGAGUCGACCAGACCAAGUACGAAGCCGUUUCUUGGUGCUGGGGAGAAGCUCAGUCUAGCGAGUACCCAAGCAUAUGUCUACAAGACGGCAUAUCAAUAGCGAUACGUCCCAAUCUACACACAGCUUUGCGUCAUCUCAGGCAUUCGAGCGAGUCUCGACACUUGUGGGUCGACGCUAUCUGCAUUGACCAGGACAGUGAGCCAGAGAAGAAUGAUCAGGUACCACAAAUGGCUCACAUAUACCAGGACGCAGAUGGUGUGGUGAUAUGGUUAGGUGAGCCAAAGACAGGGGAUAUAGAUGCCAUACCCUUUCUGCAUACUAUACACGAGAACUUGGACAACCUCGACGAUUUCCUAGAGCGGGCCUGUUACGGGGAGAAAUGGAAUUCCCUGGCUACCAUGAUGCGUUCGCCUUGGUUCUCACGAAAAUGGGUCGUGCAAGAGGUCGCGCUCGCGAAGUGCGCCACCAUACAUUACGGGGCGUCUACCAUAUCAUGGAAGCUGUUCUGCAACAUUAAUCAGUUGACCAAACGGCGAAGUGAGAAGCUUAUGCGAUACACCGGAAGCUAUGAAGCUAUUACGUCGAUGGACCGCAGCGGUGCAAUCGUACUGAUAGCAAUGGUGGAAUCACUUUCUCGGCGUGAUGGCGUGACAAGGCGCCUGCGCUACGAUCUUGACACCGUAGUGCCUCUUCUAGCUAAACUGAAAGUCACGGUCUUACAUGACCAUAUAUUUGGAGUCCUUGCGUUGGCACGGGAUGCUCCAAAAGCCGUUGCGGCGACCGAGACGACGAAACCGUUAUUGCCAAUCGACUAUGGACUCUCGUUCGAGGCCACUUGCAGAAACUUCCUCUCUUAUGCGAUCCAGAAAUGUAACUCUCUGGACGUCCUAUUUCUUCCCUGGAUCUCGCCACAAGACGGCAAUGAUCUCCCAUCGUGGAUGCCAAAGAGACGUCUCGCUAUAAAACGGCUUACAUAUCGAUACAAACCCGGCGGACCUAGACUACGACCUUCCAAUCAGAUUUAUACUUACUAUCAUCUUGUGGGCACAUACGAGGAUGCCAAUGGCAGGCUAGUACCGCCAAGAUAUCCAUAUGAAGCUUCGUCAGGCAUGCCAUUUUCUGGCAUUGACAUAACGUGUCAUCAUACCAUACGAAGUUUGAAUCUGCACGGUUUCUCAGUCGGCUCAGUGACGAAAGUUAGUACCCACAUGAGGCAUCGUCUGCAAAGUCUCAGCAUCCCGAAGGACUGGAUUGAACUAGCAAACUGGCCAGUGUCAGAAUCCGAGCACCCAGAACGUUUCUGGCGCACACUGAUCGCGAAUCGAUGGGAUACACAGGAUGAAGUACAGGACUACUACAGCGAGGCAUUCUCUUCAAUCAUGAGUUCCGAGCAUACAUUUGAGUUCAACAACCAGUCGGGUCAGGCCUUGUAUUGGCGCCCCGGUGAAUCUACCUUCACCAGUGAGUUAAAGAGACGUAUCGCUGUGGUUCUCUUUCGACGAAGGUUGAUCCUAGCAACUUCAAACAGUGGUCCUGAGCUCCUCGGUCUUGCGCCUGAGGAUUGCGAGGAGGGUGACCUGAUAUGUAUUCUCAGAGGAUGUAGUGUACCUAUCAUACUGCGAAAGAAGGAUCUGCCGGAUCAGAGCGACUGUUAUGAAGUUAUCGGCCCAUGCUACGUACAUGGCAUAAUGCAAGGCGAGGCUGUGGAAAUGCUCAAGGAUCGGACAUACAAUAGUUCUGAGCAUUUCACAGAGAGGACGUUUGAGGCUAUAUAA